AAAGGAAAAAGGAAGUAUUCAAAUGCAAAAAACACCAAGCAAAGUUCAUUGGAAAAUAAGCCACAGACGGAGGUACAGCUGCGAGUGCGGCAACGCGUUUUUUCCUGUAAAAUUGGUAUUUUUACUUUCAGUUUUCACUUGAAGAAAAAAAAACAUUUUUUGCUUCAAAUCUGCGCUGUUAGCCCACAGUUUCCGGAAGAACUCCUGCAAUGAGAAGACAAUAAAAAAAGAACCUGAGGAACUCAAACACUGUCCUGAUACUAGCAGGAAGUUUGCUUAUGAAUAUGAAAAAUCUUACAGGAGAAGAUACAUUAUGGGAGUUCUGCCACUUCCAUUUGGGACCAUCUGUGUUGUGCUCAUGCUGUUGCCUGGGCAGAACCAGAGUUCUUUGAUCCACUUCUCGGGUCAGAAACCCCUGUAUGUGGCUCUAGGUGAAACUCUGGUUCUGGAGACCCAAAUCAACAGAACUGCUAGAACUUUUUCCAAGGUGACAUGGGAAAGACAUACAGAGAAGCCUACCAAUAGGAGAGUGAGAAUAGCUGAGUUUCCACCCAGCACUUCUGACUCUGAUCCUCGUAUAACCUUGGACAUGCAAGGAAUGUCACUGAAAGUUACAGAGUUCCGCAAAGAGGACUGUGGGAUCUAUACAGUGAGGGUUACCGAGAACAACGGAAAUCAGGUGUCUGCCAAACGAAUUGUCAGAGAAGCUGAGGUACCACCUCAAUUAUCCAUCUCAUUGCUCUGCGAUGUGUCCCGGGAGAGGGAGCAGUGGGACCGUCCAGCCUUCCAGUGGCUGGUGGACGGGGAGGUUGUGUCCAACAAGACCGCUAAUUUGUCGGCGGAUGGACAACAGCUAUUCCCAUCAGGGAUUCACGGGCGUAACUACACCUGUGUAGUGACUAGCAGCCAGGGGAGAAGCACAGCUACCUACAUUACAAGUGACUUGAUGUCGGGUGCCAAUUCCUUGUAUACGGGCUGGAUUGCGAAAAUAGUCUUCCUUCUACUUGGUCUUCUCAUCUCCCUUGUCUGAAACAGUAAAUGUUCCCAUGUUACUUUGCCUGAAGAACCUGGUUCUGAUACCUCCAACUCAAAACCAAAGAAUGCCAGAAACCUCAGUGUCACACAAUUUUAUGCUCAUAAUAUUUUUUUAUAUAAGUCAAUCCCUCUUGAGAAGCUACAUGUCUUGGUCCAGUCCCUUAACUUUGUUACAGGUCAGCAUUCCAGCCUGCAUUAGAUCUUCAACUCUUCAGAUGCAUAUAACUCCAAGCACUGGCCUCAAUAUUCAUCAUUUUCAAAUACCUGGUCCAAGAUCAGCAUCUGGUCUAGGGGACCUUGGAGGCCAGAAAGACUAAUCAUUAAAGGGAGUUUUCUGUGAAAGUACUCAUUUCAGUAUCCAUAUAAAAAAUACAACAUGACUAUUCGCAGAUAUAAUGAUAUAAAACCUUUGUUUUACAAAGUUUAUGAUAAAUUCUCUUUGUCUUGGACUUCAUAUACUGCUCAUGACAACACAGAAUGACAUUCAUUUUCUCUCACUCACUCACUAGGAGCUCUUCUCAGAAUCACUGGGCACAAAGCUGAGGGUACACCUGUCCAUUAUAGCGGAGCCACACACAAACACACUCACACUACAGGCAACUCAGCAUUGCCAGCUCACCUGAACUGCAUGAGUGGUGAGGAAACCAGAGCACCGGGAGCAGACAUGGGGAGAACAUGUACACUCCACACGACUGAGCUGGAUGAGAAUGUACAGCCAAACAGCUCACUGCAUCAUGAGUAAAUCAGCAAAGUUGCAAGCGGAGAAGACAACUUGACUGUUACAGGAUAUUUCUGCUCCACCAUCUGUGCUCAAGCCAAAGUCAUACUGUUAAACACAGCAACUAACAUUACACAGCUAAUCAAAGUUUAUUUUUGCAUCAGUUAAUAAUAUGACCAUAGUAGUAAAUUACUAGAUCUCUCUAGAUCAAUAUUGAGAAGUUGUCUGUUAGAUACUAAUCAGAGCGGUUGAUGUUAUAAAUGCUGUGUCCCUACAGCAGGACACUUUCUGUCACUAAUAUGGGUGAUGUUGCUGGCAAUAAGAAGUAUUACGUGGACGCUGGUCCAAAAACCCCGAUAAAAGUCAUUUUUGAAAACAUAUGAUUAUAUUUUUCAUUUUUAACAUUGUUGAAAGAAAUGGAUGUGAACUAUAAGUUAUAUA